UAGGUAGGUUUGAGAUGCUCACAGUCAUAGAAUCUUGGUCUUGUGCCACCAUCAAUGUCAUAAAGAAUGACUACAUUACAGCUGUAGGUGAUGUUGGCCCGACUGUUUACUGCAGCGGCAGAAAAAAUGGUUGAAUUUCUUCUAUGAAUGAGGUGUUUGUGGGAUAAUGGUAGGUAAUCCGAAGUCUCUGAUGUGCUUGCUUUGCACCGCAAACUCCAGGGAUGAAGGU